UCGUUGGAUAAUGUUUCAAACAAUCGAAGUAGGGGUACAUGGACCGGCCUGAGUUGAUAUUUAAACAUACUUUCCCUAUAUUGAUAAUGGUGGGGAAUUUAUUUCCGAUGACUUUGAAGCUCUGUGCAACAAUUCUGGGAUUUUUCACAGUCUCUUUGCUCCUCGCACUCCUCAACAGAAUGGGGUAGUUGAAAGGAAGAACCGUACCUUGAUUGACGUCUAUCACUUUUGGCUAUCUGUUUACGAUUCACAUCGAUGACCUCUUUCAUCUUCUCAAUAUUCCUCGGAUAGGUGAAAGGCUUGUUGAUGCCAAUGAUCUUCCUUUUUUUGCCUUUGAUUAUGCUUAUGAGUUUCAUGCUCUCGCAGGUCAACAUCGUGCUCCUAAACAUAUUAUGUCAGUUACUGCUCUCUACCUUCCCUUCGGGUUCAUCACUUUUGUAUCUCUCGGCUCUUUGUUCCUCAUUCUGAUUUCCUCGAUAUAGUGCUGCCUCUCGAUCUUUGGAUUCUUUCCCAUGUCGUUCACGGGGUGCCUCUUCAUUAUGGUGAUCUGGUUUUUGCCAUCUCCUUCGUUUCAAUGAUGCUCAUCUCACUGCUUCGCUCCCUUUUGGUCCUCUCAUCACUAUCUUGUUGUUGCGUCUUACUAUGGAUCUUUCGCUAUUUCGCUCUAUCUCUCCCUCGAUGUUCCCCUCCUCUGAUGUCGUGAUGGACGCCCUUGAGAUUGCGAUUGAAGGGGAGGAUGAUGUUCUCUGGAUUAGCAGUGACACUGAAAGCGAUAGCGGCAGUAGCAGUGGUGCAGAUGACGUAGCAGAACUGGAGCCCUUUGUUAUGGCUCUGCAGGCCUUGCUGGAAUAUGGAUCAGAUGAUGAUGCUGCUUAAGGGGAGCUUAUUGUUUCUUUUGUUUGGAUUGCUUAAAUUUGUUUUUGAGUGAAGAUUUUUGUUUGAGGGGAGUUGCAUGUUUUGAGCGCUCAGUUUAGGAUCUGAAUACCUAGUUAUGAUUUUUUCAAGUGAUGGUAUUUUAUUGCUCGAUUCUCUUAACUGGAUUAUUUCUCUCUUGUUCGAAAAAGGUAUUGGUGUUUCUUUUGGAGACAAUCGACAAUCUCUGAUUUAAGGGGAGAUUGUUGGAUGGAAGUUCCAAAUCAGAGCUGUCUUGCAAAAGGAAAGAGGACUGCUCAUUCUUUCCAUCUCUAGUUUAAGAGCCAAUUCAAAUGCAAUAGUAUUCUCCACCAGAAGGCUAUAUAAAGCGGUUGCUUUCAACAGAUCAGUAUUAUCUUUGUAGUGAGCAGAUAAGGGCUGGUGGGCAAAGAGGGUUAAUCUUGAUAGAGGAAAAUGUUCUAUCUGACUAACGACUCUAACGGGUCUGGGUAUUGGGAUCCGCGUUUUAGUUCUUGCUUCAUCGAGUCUAUAUUGUUUUGUUUUUGUUCUUUGUUCGCUUGAUAGGAAAAAUUCAAUAAAAAAGAGAGUCUCCUAGAAUUAGUGGGUACUGAUUCUAGAACGAUGACUGACCAGUAGUUUGGGAACCUCGUUAAAAUUGCCCUUGUUCAUUUAAGUUUCUGAUGUGUUUUUAUCUUUAGUUUUUUUUCUCUGUUUCUUUAAACCUGCAAAUCUGCUUCUAAGGAUCCCCAUCCAAGGACAAAGAAGAGUUGAAGUGGCCGAGGUGUGGGCUUACGGUUUGGUUCCAUUAACUUAAGCCCAACCCUUCUUUCAAUCUUAUCUUUCUCCCUCUUGGCCUCUUUUAUUCCCUGGGCUCUCUUUUGCUUAAGCUCAUUUGAUGUUGUUGAAAGAAGCAGAGAAGACAACUACGUUCUCUCUCAUCUUCUUCUUCAAUUCUUCACCUUCGUCACUUCUUUUAUGUUUUUCUUCGUUAGAAAGUCAAAAUCCCUAAAUCUCAAACUAAUUUCACUUUAUUUACCAAAGUACGUAGUCUCGAAAUUGGAUAAUCGUAGGCUGAUACACUUGCCCAUAAAAGAGCUCAGAGGCAAGCAUCUACGUUCGUUUUUAUUACUUUCAUGUGUUAUGUUUAAGCAAUAAUAGGUCACAGUUACCCUCAGAAGGUUGACUUUCUACUGGCACUCACCAGAAGGAAUUGGUGAUACCCUGAACCUCAUUUGCGUCUUGUAUGGUGUUAAUGGAGUUAGCUUUUAUUUUAAUUGUUGAGUGUUAACAUCCCACCGUAAGUAGGAUUGUGAUUAUAUUUUUCCAUUUGAUCUGAUGAUGUCGGAACCCACAUUUCUCAAUUUAAUGAAAUUUCUCUUAUUUUUUGUUGUUUGUAUUUCCUUUAUUUUUUAUACUCGAUUUCAAUUGCUUGAUAUAUGUCUUGCUAAUUCACAACUUAUUUCUGCUUGGCCAGAUGUGCAGGUGAUUCAUCUUUCAGAUUUAGGUUUUGUUCAUUGGAUGUUACUCGUCCAAUUUUCCAAAUCAUUGGAGCAACAAGCAAGAAAAAUUCAUUAUGAUAGGUCCUGGAAUGUCAACUCAAAAGUUCUAGAAAUUCUUCUUUUAACUUGGGGUAAAGAGGUAUGGGGGACCAACUAGUUUCAAAUCCAAACCUAACUCAAGCUUUUAGUCCUUUCUUUCGAUAUUCCAUAAUAAAUUCAAUAGGCAUGA